AUGAAGUCCCGUCGACAGAGCUGCACUGACUCGGGAUCAGAGUCCUCGGAGCUGGACUCCAAGAGCCCAGAGAAGUAUGAGACGGCCACGAGGCGGCGGAUGGCUGCCAACGCCAGGGAGAGGAAGAGGAUGCAGGGUCUGAACACGGCCUUCGACCGCCUGCGUAAAGUGGUCCCACAGUGGGGCCAGGACAAAAAACUGUCCAAGUAUGAAACGCUGCAGAUGGCUCUGAGCUACAUCAUGGCCCUCAACCGGAUCCUCACGGACGCCAAGAGGCCCGGCACUUGUCACAGGCAGUGGCUGGAGCUGCAGUUUGACUGUGUGCAGCCGGAGAACUACCCCUGCCUCAUAUACGACCCUGCCGGCGAACAGGACUACCUCCACUCAUCGUUCUCCUACCAGCUGGACGAGCACCAGGUCCACACAUGAACUGCUGCUGUAGAGUCAUGUUGGUAGAUGUGAGUGACAAUGUGAACGCCUUCCUCCAGUCUGGGAGACAGUAAAUACGUUUGUAUUGCAUUAUUUUUUUGUCGUAUUUAUAUAGCGUGACAAUCGAAACACUUCUGUUGCAUUUCAAGUCUUAACUUAUUUGUGCUAGGGAGUCCAGCAAUGUUGAGCAGUUUUUUGUUCGAAGCCCAGCGGCAUCUUUAUAUCGACCUUUAUAUUGUACUGAAGAAACAGGAAAUGGUGAAUCUGAAGCACGUAUUUAAACGUGCCCCCAAAAAUGUUGUGCAAAUGGUACAAGUUUAAGAAAAUCAUUGCGGUCUGAGCUCAGUAUGUAACUGCUUAGUCGAAAUGGAAGCAUGUUUGUAGCAAUGAAAAUACACGUGAUAUUAUUUUUCACAUGCAGACUCUAUUUUGUUACUUAAAAUGUCCGAUCAAAAAUUAAAACUAUUUUAUACGAG